AUGCAAAGUCGGAAGAAGCAUGUGCUGACGCCGGACGAGAAGAUGCUGAUCGUCCGCACGCACGAAGAAGUCCUGAGCGACGUCCGGCGCCGGCGCCCUGUGCGCGACCUCGUCCACGAGCUGGCGGCGGGACAAGGACCCAACCUUGCGCCAGCAGCGCCAAGUCACCGUGGCUGUCCUCCGCACUCACCAGCGCACGCGCUCGGCACUGAAAUCCGCGCUCUCAUCGCAUCGCUGACGAACAAGGCCAAGCCCGUCACGGCGAUCAGUCUCGCGGCCGAGUUAGCUGCCCGACACAACGUUGCCGUCUCGAUCCGCACCAUGCGCCGUGUACUCCACCGCAUAGGCUAUGAUUUCAAGAAAGUGUCAGCCGAUUAA